AUGGUGGCUAUACCAUGGCUCACUUUGGCACUUGGGGCUAUUAGCGUUCUUCUUUGUUUUGAUGGAGUUGUGGCCACGCCAGGGUACAGGCAUUCUGCCAGUCCAAGCUACCGCAACGCCGAUAUCUGCCCAGAGCGAUGCAGCGUUUCCGGAUCCAAUAUUGGAAACUGGUCUGUCUAUCCCAGUCUCAAUAAGAUCAGAAAGUGCAAGGAGACUCUAUUCUACGACUUCUCGCUCUACGACAACGUUGACGACCAAGCCUCCAACCAUCGCAUCCAAGCUUGCUCGUCGUUCGGUCCCGACUUCUCCAACCUUCCCUCCUCGAGCGCACGAAUCGCCUCUGGUGAGCCUCUUAACGUCGAAUUUGAGAUUGGGUGGUGGCACCCGGGCAUGGGCCUGGAGGCGUCCGACAUUCGAUCUCUUGUUAAGCAGAUGCGCACGUACGCCGACCAUGGUCACGGAGCCACAGACAGGCCAUUCAUCAUAUAUGGCCAGUCUGGUCAAGCUACUAUUGGUCUAUACAUUGGCCAAGGACUGCUGAACCAGGGCAUCAGCCAAUCUGCCCUGAAGAUCUUCCAAGAUAACCUCGAAAAUCUUGACGUCUCGACACCAAGCUUAGCCAUGCAGCUAUGCGAGCCACGGUAUGACAGCACGCACAUUUUUGGAAUUAUGGCAUCUAGCAAUGGAAAGUUUGCUUCCAUUCAAGAUGCUGUCAGAUCUUGGGCCAACGCGACAUGCUUGUCUUUCUCGGGAUCCACCAAGUUUACUGGGUCGGCUAUGCUUACAACACCACUUCUGCACACAAAUGGCACCCAAAACUUGACAGUACGGGCUAAAGAUCUUUACAACCGCGCAGAUGGGAAGUGUAAGACGGUGCAGGUCGAUGCUGGCAACGGCUGUGCCGAUCUGGCUAAGAAGUGUGGUAUUUCGGCUGCCGACUUCACCAAGUACAACCCGGGAUCUAAAUUCUGCUCCACGUUGAAGCCAAAACAACACGUUUGUUGCUCCAAGGGAGAGCUUCCAGACUUCAGACCCAAACCGAACGAGGAUGGUUCAUGCAAGUCGUACAAAAUCCAGGAGGGCGAUAAUUGCGACAAUCUCGCUGCCGAGUACAGCCUCAGCAAGAAAGAUCUCGAGGAUUUCAACAAGAAAACCUGGGGCUGGAAUGGCUGCAAACUUCUGUUCAAGGAUACUGUCAUGUGCUUGAGCAAAGGCACAUCGCCUUUCCCUGCCCCAAUUGCCAACGCAGUAUGCGGUCCACAGAAGCCAGGAUCAAAACCACCAACCGACGGCAAGGAUAUCGCUAAGAUGAACCCUUGCCCGUUGAACGCCUGCUGCAAUAUCUGGGGUCAAUGUGGCAUCACAAAGGACUUCUGCGUUGACACAAACACCGGCUCCCCGGGAACUGCUAAGCCUGGCACUUAUGGCUGUAUUUCAAAUUGCGGCAUGGAUGUUGUCAAGGGUGACGGAGCCGGUGCUAUCAAGAUUGCCUACUACGAAGGCUACUGCUUGAGCCGAGAGUGUCUAUUCCAGGAUGCCUCUCAGAUCGACACUUCACAGUAUACGCAUAUCCAUUUUGGUUUUGGCACACUGACUGCGUCCUACGACGUUGAGGUUGGUGAUAAACUCUCUACAUACGAAUUUGGUGAAUUCAAGCGCAUUUCCAACGCCAAAAGAAUCUUGUCAUUCGGCGGUUGGGAUUUCUCGACCAUGCCUGCGACGUACCAGAUUUUCCGCAAUGGUGUCAAACCUGAGAAUCGUCUCAAGAUGGCUACAAAGAUUGCCGAUUUCAUCAAGAAGCACGAUCUUGAUGGGGUUGACAUUGACUGGGAAUAUCCUGGUGCGCCAGAUCUUCCUGAAUCCGACCCUGGUAAGCCUGAAGAAGGCGCGAACUACCUCAAAUUUCUUGUCAUUCUCAAAAAUCUCCUGCCCGGAAAGUCUGUCUCUAUCGCCGCCCCUUCUUCCUACUGGUACUUGAAGCAGUUUCCCAUCAAAGACAUUGCUAAGAUCGUGGACUACAUUGUCUACAUGACCUACGAUCUCCAUGGUCAAUGGGAUGCCCACAAUAGCGAGGCCCAAGAAGGGUGUGACAGUGGCAAUUGCCUACGCAGUCAAGUAAAUCUGACGGAAACAAAGCAGUCACUUGCCAUGAUUACAAAAGCAGGUGUCCCUGGAAAAAAGGUAGUUGUUGGCGUAACAAGCUACGGGCGGUCCUUCAAGAUGGCGGAGGCAGGUUGCUGGGGCCCCGAGUGCUUAUUCACUGGUAGCCGCUUGAAUUCAGACGCGAAGAAGGGAAAAUGCACUGGUACGGCUGGGUACAUUGCUGACGCGGAGAUCCACGAGAUAUUGAAGGAUCCAAGUCGUGUUGUCAAGAGUUUCGUCGACUCAAGCAGCCACAGUGACAUUCUCGUCUAUGAUGAGACCGAAUGGGUCGGCUACAUGAGCAGCGCAACGAAGAAACAACGCACAGCCCUCUAUUCAGCAUGGGGUCUUGGGGGAACUUCCGACUGGGCCAGUGAUCUACAAGAAUAUCAUGAUGUUCCCGGACCAUCAACGAGCUGGGGCAUAUUUACUGAAUUGCUCAACUCCGGAAAGGACCCUAAGACAGACCACACGCGCAAUGGCAACUGGACUGAAUUUGAUUGCACGCACCCAGCGAUUGUGGACUUCGCAGACUACACGCCCUCCGAACGAUGGAGGGCGGUAGAUGCUGAUGCUGCAUGGAGAGACGUUGUCAGGAUCUGGGAGGAUACGGACUCUGAGCGAGCCAAGUUCACAUUUAUGCAGUCGGUCACAAUGACCCUCAAGAUCGGGGAUAAGAACGCAUGUUAUGACGUAUCCAGUAACGACUGUAACAUGGAGGAAUGCCCAAAAGGAGCGGACGAGGCGCUCUCAGGACCUGCAGCGCAGCUGAUUUGGAACUCACUGGCGGAGGUCCACAAGCUGCACAAGAGAUACUACGACGAGCUGCUUGUGGUCGGCGUACUUGGAAGCUUCUCACUUAAGAAGUUAGAGAACACAUUUGCGCCCAUUCCCCCAGAGUCAGACGACACGUGGCUGUUGUUGCUUCUUGACCUCAUUACUCUUGGAACCCUCGGGGCCGGCGGGCCAAUGUUCAACAGCGGCCUCAAGACGCUUCCCUAUUUUGCCAAGAAAGGUGGCGCUUUCGAUAACGCAAAGGAUACCGCAAUGACCUUGAUAGGACAAAGCACAACGAUUGCCAAGGAUGUGUUACCAGGUAAAAAGCCUCCUUGGACGGCAGAGGCACAAGAUGCCUUCUCUAGCUACAUGGGCCAGGUGAUCAAGGCCUGGCGCAGGAUUACCGAGGUUGCGGUCGAAGACUUGUUCGAUGGAAGUCCCAGGUCAAUUGAAAUCCUUCAAAAAGCCAUAGCCGAAGGAAAGCUGAUCGAUGGAAAAUGGGACGGUACCGACUCAGAGGCCGGCGAUGGAUCAGACGAACUAGAAAGCAACAUUGCCAGAUGUUUCUACGGCUACACUAUCCCGGCUCUCUGGCAAGUCUCACAAACGUACGCCUUUGUGCUUGAUUCGGGAUAUAAGUGUGAUGAAGACAAGUCACUCAGCCGGUACCUCGAGGACGACACCAUGAAAGCCACGGGUGUCUGUAUCGAUGGCCAUCAAUACUACCUGGUACAUCCGGAAGGCGCCUCGCAAAAAUGCAAAUGCGAGAUCUUGACUGGGAGCAGCUGCCAGCAAGUAUGCGUGGAUAACCAGUUCUCGAUACCCCCGGGUCUGAAGACACUCCCCGAACCAGACUUUGGAGACAUCACCAAAGAGGACUUGGUCAACGGCUCUGUGCGUACCUGGAUUCAGAAUGGCAAGGAGAACGUCGGCGGCUUCGCGGACAUUACCAAACAAGUUACCAUCGAUAAUCUGCUAAACGUAGAUAUCACGACGCCGGGAUUCAUGCGCCUCCCCGUCUGCAGUCCGGAACGUGCGUUUAAGGCCUGGGACAACGCCAAAAAGGGCUCAACCAAAUUCUACCCCUGUGACCCUCCGCCAAACAAGGACCAUUGCAAGGAGUCAACUUUUGUGGACCAAACCAACGGGGCGUCACCCUUCGUCAAAGACUGCCUUACCAUAAUCAAGAAUAUCGAGGACGACUACACCUCUGAGUGGAAAACUGGGGUGCUCGCCCAGCCACACCGCAAAAUCCUCGGGUACGGGACUUGUAUAUUUGGCGUGGAGGCCGACGAUGUCAAAGGUAACGUACAAUUCUGGGUCGGCGGGCAAGACGUCAUUGAUAUCAUCAACGACGUGGUUAAGGAUUUUAGUAAGGAUGGGAGGGUAGCGGCAUAUGGAAAAAUGCAAUGCAAAGGUAACAUCAAAGACCAGAAGGUUAAGUGGAGUAUCUACCACGUGGACGUUUAG